AUGGAGGACCCCAAGCAGGCCAGGGAGAAGACAAAGAAAACAACCAUCGAAAAUGCUAAAGCAUGGGGUGAGUACUUGCUAAACUUGCUCAUAGAAAGUCCAUUGCCACCAUCCAUCCUUGCGACUCUCGUGUUCGCUCAGCAUGCUCGACCUUUCCAAGUGACUCCCAUGCUCUUCCCUCCACUGCUUCUAUUCUCAACGUAUCUCAAUCUGCAAGGCUACAAGAUCGACAGUGCGGGCACCACGGCUGCCUUUAGCGGCCUCUAUCUUGUUCUGGCGGGGAGGAGACGACACCCAUUCAUGAGCAAGUUUGGCGCCAGAGGCAUUAUCCGAGGUGCUACUAUGGGCUUAUGCCUGGCAAACGUUGUCGGCGGCGGACUGGCAUAUACCUUCGGCUCGAGGAGGAAAGAGGACGAUAAGGGAAGCAAUAUCUAG